AUGGAUUUAGCCAGCCAAGUGGCCACAAACCUCGUACACUACAAUCUCUGGCACGACGUUAACAUUCAUUCUCAUGAUGGUGUCCAUGUACUUAGUGGAAUUCCUCCCAAUAGGCUAGACGAACACGACACUGAAGAUCACAUCGAGUGGGUCGUGCCCCAGACCAUGGAUCUGAAGGAAAUGUCGAUGGAUACUAUUGGUCGUUGGUUUGAUGUGGUGGCAAAAAUAUCAUGUCGCCCCAAACGUGUCACGUUGGCUGCGGUCAACGAGGACAGUACCGUUGUCUACUACUUUGUGCAUGAUGGAGUGGUGAAACCUCGGCAGAAUUAA